CUCGUCGCAGCUUCAUCCUUGACACCAUCAACUCCUGGCUCUGUGCGCUGGCUAACGUGCCAUCGUCAGUUCUGCAUCUAGCGUCAAGCAUUUACAAUCAUGGCGCCGCUGACUGCUGAAGAGCUGCAGCAGCACCCAGAGUAUGAGCACACUAUCUGGAAGCUCAAGCCUGACCAGGAAGGGAAAGUUGCUGUUGCAAAGGACCGAGGUGGCCCCAUCAACAUUGCCUACGAAGUUCACGGCCAUGGCGACCGCAAGAUUGUGUGGAUCAUGGGCCUUGGCGGUAUGAAGUACGCAUGGCAACGUCAGACAAAAGACUUUGGACACACGCAAGCGGAACAGUACUCGUGUUUGGUGUACGACAAUCGCGGUAUCGGUGACUCGGACAAGCCCAGAGCAAGGUACUCGACGUCUGAGAUGGCCAAAGAUGUUCUUGAAGUCAUCGACCACCUUGGCUGGACCGAUAAGCGUCAACUGCAUGUCAUCGGAAUCAGUAUGGGCGGCAUGAUCGCCCAAGAAGUUGCAAUGCUCAUCCCCGACCGUAUCUGCACACUGUCCCUCGUCUCCACCGCUGCCGGCGUAUUCCGUACCACCGGAUUCAUUGAGAACCUAUACAAUCGCGCGAACCUGCUGAUCCCCAAAUCAAUCGACGCCCAAAUCGAAGGCGUAAAGAAGAACCUUUACACACCGGCCUGGCUCGACUCUCCAGACACUCUUGAGCCUGUUGUGCAGUCUUUCCCUACGAGCGGCGACCGCUUCGCCGCCAACGAGCUCUGGAAACGGCAGCAUCCUGAGUAUUUCGCGAAGCCGGGAUUCAUUCUUCAACUCAUCGCUGCUGGCUGGCAUAACAAGAAUCCGGAGCAGCUGCAGCAGAUCGCCAAGACGGUAGGAAAGAAGCGCAUCAUGGUUGUUCAUGGCACGAAGGACCAGAUGAUUACGUUUCCGCAUGGUGUUGUGCUGUGGCGUGGUUUGGAGAAGGGACAGGGCAAGACCGGAACGGAGAACUGGCUAGGCAUCGAAGAUGAGGAGGAUGUCUGGGAGGAAGGCGAAGUUGAGAAGCACUUUGUCAAGGGCCAGGGGCAUGUUCUGCCUGCUGAGAUGAGGCAGGAGUUCCAGGGCUGGGUCGAGGGGCUGAUUGAGAGGGGGCUGGAACUCAACGAGGAGGAGCGGGUAUGAGAGAAGGCAGUAUACGUGGCGUGUGCGGCAUGGUUACAUUCGAGUCUCUCCUGAUCACUUAUGAAAUGCACCGGCAAAGCACGUGUAUAUUGUUUGUGAAGAACCACAACCUCCAGACACAUUCAAGCCAUCCGCCAGAUUUUUGGUCAAAAGACACGUCAUCUCAAUGCGACAAGUUUUGAGUCGAAGUCAUUUGCCACAACUAGCACAAGGGGAGAGGAGGCACAGAACAUCUGCAGAAGGUAUGGUCUUGCCAAGUAGUAUAUGCACAUACUUAUAGCGAACCAUCGUUGGAUUUUGACAUUGCGAUAGUCGUCAGCGUGUGCAUUUAAUCUUUUACCCCCGCUGCGAUCAUGUAGCUCAAAGGCUUAUUUUUCCAAUACAUGGACAGAUGCGC